AUGCAAUUCGAACAGGUGCGCGCACGCUCUGCCGCCAUUCCCACGCCGUGUGCAAUUAAGCCUACUUCGGAAGUGGCAACUCCCUAUCACGCUGACCGGCUUUUGUGUGCGGAGUUCGCGCAUAAUGAUCACAGGUCAACCACGGAUGGGAUUGCUGCUCUCGGCCAAGGAUAUGAAGUUAAUUUUGAACAGAUUUGGUCGUCUAGUAAGGGUUAUAAAUCUUUUGUCAGGAAAAAUGGACGUAACCUCUGCUCUCAUAAACAAGUAAUAUUUGCUGAGAGGAGUGCGACGGCCGCGUGGUUGGGCGGCGCGGUGGGCGGGGUCAGCCUCGACAACCUCCGGCCUCUCCUCGGCGUUUUCCACGACACGCUGCCCCUCGAAGGCCCCGAGUCGCGAGCGGCGCCCGUCUCAGCCGCCGACGUGGAGGAUGUCCUGCGGGAUGGCUAUCUGAGGGCGCAGGAACUCACCCUCAGGGAGAAUGAAGAAACUCUCAAGUUCAGGACGCCUCUUCAGCAGCAGGAACAGAGCACCAUGUUCCUCUUUUCCUUCCGGAGAGCCGAGCCCGAGGCCAAGAGGGCGUCGUCGUGCAUGGGCCGCUCCCUGCUCGAGGCUUCGAAGAUCUUCAUGAAGAGGUUCAACAUCACCGCCGAGAACGCCGCCACCUCCCUCUCCAGACUCAACACGGCCAUGGACAAGGAAAACUGCCGGAAGCUGACCCCCGCGGGAUGCCAGAUGCCCCGGUCAGGCCCCUCCUGCUCCUCGUCGCGCCCCUACAGGACCAUCGACGGCACCUGCAACAACCUCGGGCAUCCGAAGUGGGGUUCCGCCAUGACGCCCUUCGUGAGGUACCUCGUCCCGGCCUACGAGGACGGUGUUGACUCCAUGCGUGGCGCCGGCAGGACAGGUGUGCGCGCCCUGCCCUCCCCCCGCGCAGUCAGCAGGAUGCUUCAGGGCGCCGAGAAACGGCCUCCGCUCCCUCAUGUCAGCCUCAUGGUCAUGCAGUGGGGCCAGUUUCUUGACCAUGAUAUCGUCCACACACCAGAGUCUGCUGGUGCCAUCGAGGACGACAAGACCAUGCCCCUCACCUGCUGCAAGGACGGGGAGCCCUAUCAUGACCUCUACGCCGCCCCUGAGGACUGCAAGCCCAUCGACGUGUCCGCUGACCCUCUCUUCGGCCGCUACAACAGGACCUGCAUGAGAUUCGUCAGGUCUCUCGUCGCCAGCAGAGGGUGCCUGUUCGGUCCACGCGAACAGUUCAACCAGAUCACGGCCUACAUCGACGCAUCGGCUGUUUACGGGUCGAGGGACGAAAUCGCGCGAAAUCUGCGCACGUUUCGCGCUGGCCGGCUGAGCGUGACCCAGGGGGGAGGGAGGGGGAACGGCCACCUCCUGCCGCAGGCCAAGUGCGAGCAUGGCGACGGAUUUUGCUUCAAGGCAGGGGAUGAGCGCGUGAACGAGCAGCCUGGACUGACCUCGAUGCACACACUAUGGCUGAGAGUCCACGACCGCCUCGCGAGACAACUGGCCGCCUUCAACCCACACUGGGACGACGAAACGAUCUACCAGGAAACACGACGCGUGGUGUCAGCCCUGAUACAGCAAAUAACGUACAGAGAGUUCUUGCCGGUCAUCCUCGGGGAUUCCAGAAUGCAAGAGUAUGACCUGUGGCUUCGGCGGAGCGGGUAUUCGGAUUCUUAUGACCCGGAAGUGGAUGCCUCCAUUGCAAACGUCUUCGCGACUGCAGCCUAUAGAUUCGGCCACAGCCUCGUCAACGACAUCCUUAAGAGCGCGAGCGACACCGUGCCUCUCCUGGGGAACUUCAUGGACCCGCACCUUCUUCUCGAGAAGAGGACCACCACCUCGGCCUUGCUCGAGGGCCUGGCCACCUCACACGCCCAGGCCCUCGACUCGUACCUGGUGCCCACGCUCACCAACAAGCUCUUCGCCAGCCCGGACGAGCCGCUUGGCCUCGACCUCAUGGCCUUGAACAUCCAGCGCGGGAGGGACCACGGUCUGCCGCCCUACAACGAAUGGAGAAAAGCCUGCCGUCUGCCGCCAGUCACGAAUUUCUACGAGCUGGCAACUGUCAUGGCACCGGAAGUGGCAGAUGGCUUCAGGAGCGUGUACCAGAAUGUCAGUGAAAUCGACGUGUUCCCCGCUGGCCUGGCGGAACAUGCGGUCCCGGGCGGUCUCCUCGGACCCACCUUCUCCUGCAUCAUCGGACAGCAGUUUGCCAGCCUCAAGAAGGGGGACAGGUUCUGGUAUGAGAAUCUGCAACAGCCCAAGCCUUUUACUGCAGAGCAACUCGCUUCUCUACGCAAGCUGGGUCUGGCAGCGUUGGUGUGCGAGCAUACAUCGGUGGAGUACCUUCAACCCAACCCCUUCCUCUCCACCGACACUACGGGGAAUACGCCACGGCGGUGCGCCACUUAUCCGACACUGAAUGCUAGACUCUGGAAGGAGGAAAAGAAAGAACCAGAACCCGCGUCCGUGUGCAGGGGAGUGGGUGUGUGGAAGAUACUCCCAGGCAUAGACAAGUGGUGUACCCUCAACUGCCUGCAACACAGUGUUUCGUUCUGCCCGUCUUCACAUUGUUAUUGUUACUGAACACUAAGCAUCGCCAUCGCCUCUAUACGGUGAUGGUAGUGUUUCCGUGCCUUGGGCAUUUCGAAACCAAAUACCGUUGCUUGAACUCGAAAUGUUUUAAACUGACGGGGUCUUUCAGUUGGGCAUUAACUAAUGGCUAUGAAGUAAUUUCAUAUACUUUUUUAUGUUAUUCCUGUAUAAUACCAUGUCUGUGGUAUCAUUAGCUCAUAUGGUAUUAGGUAAUGGAACCGUCUGACAAUAUCAAGACACAAUAUUUUAAUGUGACCGUGCCAUACCUAUGAAACUUUUUGUGUAUGGUAUGUGCAGAGGACUGUCUGGAGAAAAAAAAUCUCAAAUAUUAGAAUAUCUAAUACCAGUAUGGAGUACCGUAAGAAAAAUCAUGAAGUAUUAAUAUGUGUAUUACAAUAUUAUGUAAUACAGGGAUCAUAAAGUAACUGUUGACAUAAUAUAUCAGUGCAUGAAUAGCCUUUUCUCAUAGUUUUUAUGCACAGAACUUUUUUUCUACGAUCCCAUUUUUGUCUAGGAUAAGACUUUUCGAAUAUUAGGUUUAUUGUGUGCCAAUAUUUGUGACAAACUAUUUAUAUAAUACAGUUUUUAACACAUAUGUUGUUUGUGUCUAUGAUCCUUUUCGCUGCAGAAUUUUUGCAUUAGCUUAUACGAAUUAUUAUUGCAUAUCAAAAUAUGCUUUGCUUGUUUUCAUAAUUUUGGAAUACAGUAACUCCAACUUUUAUUCUUAAUGUGAAUAACUGCAGUAGCUGUAUGUCGUAGAUGAUCUUUCGAUUUUUAUUAACUUUUCAUUGAUUUGAUAAAAUGUUGAUCUAAUAAAUUGUCGUAACUUUUGACCAAGAAACUAGUUCAUUAGGAUUGACUUGUUCGUUAAAGUACAGUAAUUAUGAAUAAACUUGUACGGGAAGCUCGCGAAUAUGCAACUAAUCAAUGUUUUCUUGUGCAGUAUUUCGUUUGUUUUGUAUCAAACGAGUAACGGCACCGUAUAAAAACAGAUUUGAAAUUUGACCGAGGACAUUUAAUCCAAUCUCUCCAGUUCAAAAGCUUCCUUAAUUUACCCUCAACUACUUAUCGAAUCUAUAUCAAAUUAAUCUACCUUAACCAACCUUUUUAUAUAGCCCAUAAGUCAACUUUUUUACCAUUCUUUAUUACAAAUUUCCUCUUACUCCACUUUUAAUCUACUCGCUUACCCGGGUUCGACAAACAAAGCUACAGACAUAUCCGCUCGGACCUGUAAGUGAGUUGUAAAAGCGAGAUGCAAAACGUGUGGCUUUGACUGCAUCAUGGAACAGACACUGCUUUGCGUCCGCACCGUGAACCGGAUCAGUCGGAUUCGAGACUCGGUUUGAAUCAUUUUAUCACGCCAUGGCCUCUCCAGUCGUUUCUCUACUGUUAUCGUCAAUCUUGUUUCUUCCUAUUCAUUUAUUUAUUGAAAAGUUUCUGUCGCAUCAACAUGUCAUUAGCGGCAUAUGCAAAAUAUAGGAAUUAGGGUGUGGCUUGGGGAGCGAAACCCCAAGUAAGGAAAGGUCAAACAAUAUGACAAAGUAUUGUGGCAAAAA